ACCGCACCGAUACUCGCUCUCUCACAAUCAAGUGAUCAACUUCUCGACCAAGUAUACGGUAUAGGAAAAUGCUACUCCUAUUUAUAGUAUAUUAUUUGGUCUUUCAAUUCUCCAAUCCGAGACGGGGCAAUGGCGUAAGCAAUGCUCUCAUAACUGUAGAAUCCGUUGGGAUUGGAUUGAACCCAUUGUUAAAAAAUUAAACCCAUUUGAGGACUCCACCCAUAUAAACUUCCAAAGUCUUCAAAGCGGGGGUAAAUAGUGGAGUAGAUUAUUUUCCAUGGGAAUUCUCCAAGACCACUGAAUCAUCGUUCUUUUCGGUCUACCAAUCUAUUAUCUCAUCUGGGAGAAAUGGCACAUCGUUUGCAAACUUGGUUGCCUUGCUUCGGAAUUCUACUAGUGGUUUUAAGCCUUCCAAAUUCACUAGCUCGUGGAUACACUGAAAAUCGCAUAAAAUCUGCUGUAUUUUUAUCCCCAGAAUUUGUACUUGGACCAGGAUCAGUAGUGGACAAAAUCUACAUGAAUAUUGACUUUCCGUCCGGUCAUAUUGCACUUAAGAGUUUCAAUGCUGAAGUAGUUGACGAGGCUGGGAAUCCUAUCCCCCUUCAUGAAACUUAUCUCCACCACUGGGGUGUGGUUAGAUACUAUCAACGCAAAGGCAUUGAAGUUCCAAAGUACAAUGACCAGUUUGGGUUUCACCAAUCUGACCUUAUCAUAGUGAGGAACUCAGGAAUUUGUGAGACUGGUCUUGGGCAGUAUUUUGGCCUUGGUUCUGAAACAAGAAAAACAGCCACACACGUGCCAGAUCCUUAUGGAAUAGAAGUUGGUAAUCCAGCUGAAAUUCCUCCUGGAUAUGAGGAGAUAUGGAUGAUGAAUGUCCACGCAAUUGACACACGCGGCGUGGAAGAUAGGUUGGGAUGCACCGAGUGCAGGUGUGAUCUCUAUAAUGUAACAAAGGACGGACAUGGCAACCCACUGAGGCCUGAUUAUGUGGGCGGCUUGCAUUGUUGUUAUGAUCAGACGCAGUGCAGGCUAAGAGAUGGCUUUGAGAGUACCAAGAGAAGCCUCUUCAUGAGAUAUACGAUUAAGUAUGUUGAUUGGGAUACUUCUGUUGUGCCUGUUAAAAUUUAUGUAUUUGACGUGACGGAUACUUGGAAAAAGGUUGAUGACACAACAGGACUCCCUACAAAACAUCAUUGCCUGGUGGAGUAUGACAUUGAGUCUUUCUCUGCCGCUGGUGUAACUGAGGAUGCUUAUAUUGAUACCAAAACAGUAAGCUUGAGUCUGCCCACUGGUGGUACUGUCAUCUACGGAGUUGCACAUCAGCAUACUGGAGCGAUUGGUUCAACUCUUUACGGAGAGGAUGGACGAGUAAUUUGCUCUUCAAUACCAACUUAUGGAGAAGGAAAGGAAGCAGGAAAUGAGGCUGGUUACAUUGUAGGAAUGUCUACUUGUUAUCCGAAUCCGGGAUCCGUCGAAAUAUCUGAUGGGGAAACUCUGGUUCUUGUGUCUAAGUACAGUAGGGAACAAAGGCAUACUGGUGUAAUGGGACUAUUCUACAUUUUGGUCGCCGAUGCAUCACCAAAGUCCAAUUCUCUCCUUGAUUCUCCUGAUGAAAAGCACAAGGAGUUGACAGUUCCGAUUUCUCUUCGGGGUAUAGCCCUUUUUGGAGCUGCGAUAGCUAUCGCUGUUGUCGUUGCUCACCGAAAAAGGGAUGAAAGAGUGGAUGGCUACGAGUCAAUUGAAAUGUAGAAACACGAGGGAGGGAGUUUUAUUGAUGUAAUCCUCUUCAUUGCCAUUUUGUGUAAAAUGGCGUGUAAUAAGUGAAGACUUUGUAUCUCAAACUCGUUGGUUUUGUAAAUUUUGUUUAAUCAAUUCGCACCUUUUAUGCUGGAAA